AUGUCANAACAUUUUCCGACCAUCACUGAGUUCAAGCACCCCGACGACGUGCUGGAACAAUACAACCUCACGAAAAACACUCUUGCAAGUCUAUGUCUUGUAUCCAAAGCAUGGCGCGAGAUAGCUCAACCUUUGCUGUAUCGGACAUAUAUCAAGACCGAGAAGACCGACCCUGGUAUCGAUCACGAUGAGUACAACGAAGCAAAAAUAGAGGCCAUGGAGGCAAGAGGGGUGGACAUCUCGACCAUACCCGAAGAAGAAUUCGAGUACACGGAUUAUCGAAAACCAAUUCCGAUUGAGAUGUUCAUUCGAACAAUGAUUGAACGCCCAGAUUUGGCCGAGCAAGUCGAGUGUCUGUCGAUUAGCAACUACUGGGAUGAAAACGCAGAGCGAAAAUGGGGUCGCACCGACGUCAACAAGGCUUUGGGUGAGGCGAUGUAUAAUGCCAGUCUCAGAGUUCCGCCGCAAAAGACCAAACCGACUUCGAGAUAUGACGAUUGGCGAGAAGACUGGCGCAGUGAGCUUCGCGAAGGCGAUGAACUUGCGGAAGUGGCUCUGCUAAUGGUUUUACUUCCCAAUAUCCGAUGCUUGGACCUUGGAACAUCUUCCCAGGAUUAUGGCACCUAUGUCCAUAGUCUCUGGCGACAACUACUCGGAUCACAAUCGACGAAGAAAGUCGAGCAUCACGGACAGGACGUGGAAAUUGACGUGAAUUUUUUAUCACAAUCCCAGAAACCGCCUUUGAUCCUGUCACGCCUCGUACACUCCAAUGCGAGAGUUGAUAGCUUUCUCUACAAGAGCGCAUCAAAGAUCCACAUCGUCAGCCCAGUUCUGACGAUUCCAUCCCUGGAGAGUUUCUACGGCUGGGGUCUUCAAGAAGAGUACUCGAGCAAGAACGUUCGUCUACCGCUAGCUCACCUCAAAGAAGUGUUCCUCAACGAUUGUAGACUCUCGGCAGACGUCCUGAAUGUCAUAAUUGGCUGCUGCAAACGACUAGAGUCUCUGGAUGUGGUAUAUUCGCGCUGGACUGAUAAAGUCACUCUCAGCGUAAGGUUUUUAAUGGCUCUAGCUCAGCGCAAAGAGACCUUGAAAAGACUGACGCUACUCCUGCCUGAGUUUCACCAGCAUCGCGACGAUCAUGAGUUGUUCAUCGACGCACCGUGGGAUUUGCGCCAACUCACCAACCUCGAGACACUUUCUCUGGAUUACGAAAUCAUAUUCUCAGAGGAUGCGGAAGCGGAUCCGAAUGACCCAGACAACGUCAAGUUUCCUUACAAUUUGCCUGAGUCCAUCGAGCAGUUGAACAUCGAAGGCUGCAAGCUUGAAGAAGACAUGGCUGAAUGUGCUUGUUAUCUAUUAGAGGCAAGGAAAAAGUUCAGCAAGCUCAAGUUCUUUGAGGUCAGCUACACCACCCUAGAGCCAGCUAACGAUGCGCAAAAGAAUCAAAUCGUUUCCUUAGGCAUGGUGGCUGGAAUAUUCGAAGCUUCAGGGGUGAGGAUGAGUAUCGUUGAUGAUGAGGACAAAAUCGUAAUACCGCACUCAUUGGUCAAGGUUGAAGACGGAGAGGAUGAUUGGUCUGAUAUGUCAAAUUCUGAACUUGGUGAUCCGAGAGACGCGAGUGAUGAGGAUGGCGAAUAUGAUAAUGAUGAUGAGAUGAACGAAAACACGAACGCAGAGGCGCAAGGCCGAUAUAAUUUGAGACCAAGAUGA